AGGUCUCAGUGGCCCCAGAGGAUAGAGCCAACCCAGCAACCUCGGAGACCCCAGCGGCCCCCACAGCCUAAGGUUCCCCAGGAACCCCAGUGGCCUCAGCCCCAGGAACCCCAGGAACCUCAGCCCCAGGAACCCCAGGAACCCCAGGAACCUCAGCCCCAGGAACCCCAGGAACCCCAGUGGCCUCAGCCCCGGGAACCCCAGGAGCCCCUGUGGCCUCAACCCCAGGAACCCCAGGAACCCCAGUGGCCUCAGCCCCAGGAACCUCAGUGGCCUAGGCCCCAGCAGCCCCAGUGGCCUGGGCCCCAGCACUCCCAGGAGUCUGAAUACUCCCGGGAGUCUGAAGUUCCCCAGAGGCCCACGGUUCCCCAGGCUCCCCAGAGGCCCACGGCUCCCCAGAGGCCCACGGUUCCCCAGGCUCCCCAGAGGCCCACGGUUCCCCAGUGGGCCACGGUUCCCCAACAACCGCAGUGGGCCACGGUUCCCCAACAACCGCAGUGGCCCCAGCAACCGCAGUGGCUCCAGCAACCUCAACAACCGCAGUGGCCCCAGCAACCGCAGUGGCUCCAGCAACCUCAACAACCGCAGUGGCCCCAGCAACCUCAACAACCGCAGCGGCCCCAGCAACCGCAGUGGUCCCAGCAACCUCAACAACCGCAGUGGCCCCAGCAACUUCCACAACCGCAGAGGCCCCAGCAACUUCCACAACCGCAGAGGCCUCAACAACCGCAGAGGCCCCAGCAACCUCAACAACCGCAGUGGCCCCAGCAACCACAGUGGCUCCAGCAACCACAACAACCGCAGUGGCCCCAGCAACCUCAACAACCGCAGUGGCCCCAGCAACCUCGGUGGCCCCAGCUACUUCAGCAACCUCAGAUGCACCAGAACAGCCUGCAGCCUCGAAAACCUCAAGCGCCUGAGUGGGUUCAGUGGGCUGAGCAGUUCACCAACAUGCUGCAGGAUAGCCCUGACACUAAAUGUGCCGUAAAUAUCAACACAAGGGUAACGUGUGGAAUGCCUGAUAUUACAGCUGAGAAAUGCCAGGCCAUUGACUGCUGUCAUGAUGGACGUCAGUGCUACUACGGGAAAGCAGUGACUGUGCAGUGUACCAAAGAUGGGCAGUUUGUGCUGGUGGUUGCCAGGGAUUCCACCCUGCCUACCCUGGACCUGGAUUCCCUUCGCUUCCUGGGAGGAAACGACGCCCCCUGCAGUCCUGUUGAUGCCAAUUCAGCCUUUGCAAUCUUCCAGUUCCCUGUGACUGACUGUGGCACCACCAUGGCUGAGGAUGGCGGUUUUGUGAUCUAUGAGAACAACAUGUUGUCCACGUACAAUGUUGCUGUUGGCCCCAGAGGAUCCAUUACCAGGGACAGCCAUUUUGAACUACUGUUCCAGUGUCGCUACUCCAGCUUGUCCAUUGAGGCGGUGGUGGUGCAGGUGUUGCCGAUCCCUCCUCCGGCCUCCAUUGCUGCCAUGGGAACCCUGAAGGUGCAGCUCAGACUGGCUAAUGGAUAUUGCCACACCAAGGGGUGCUCGAUCGAGAGGGAGGCCUUCACCUCCUUCUACUCUGAGGCUAACUACCCCGUGACCAAGGUGCUGAGGGAGCCAGUGUAUGUGGAGGUUAACAUCGUGGGCCCCAAUGACCCCAGCCUCGUCCUGAUGCUGGACCGAUGCUGGGCCACCGCCGCUCCCAGCCCCCUCAGCAUGCCCCAGUGGGACCUCCUGCACAACGGGUGUCCCUACCAGGAUGACCGCUACCUGACCACCCCAGUCCCUGUGGAGGCGUUCUCUGACCUGCCGAACCCCAGUCACCACAAGCGCUUCAUCCUGAGGAUGUUUACCUUCGUGGACCACAACACUCUGGUCCCCCUGAAGGAUACGAUGUUCCUCCAUUGCACUGCGUCUGUGUGUCACAGCACCGCUCCUGGCUCCUGUGUUCAAUCAUGCAACAGGAAACGGAGGGAGGUGCCAGCAGGUCAGAAGGCUGGGAGCCAAGUUACUCUCGUAUCCAGUAGGGCAAUCAUUCUCCAGUGACUCCCCUGCAUGUUCAUCAGAAAUGUUUUAAAAGAAAUAAAAAUGAACACUUUGAAGCGAAUGUUUGAGUCAUGCUUUGUCUGCUUGCGAAGUGUGUUUUCUUGGAGAUGUUAAGACAUGCUAUUAAUGUUGAACCUUUUGACAGUUUGGGAGUGGCAGGAUGAUGAUGCCACUUCCUCCUAGACCCUCGCACGACAGUUUCCUGUUCCGAGGGCUGU